AUGGCAGCCCCCAGCACAGCCGUCACGAUCGCGCUCCCUAUCUUGACCCUUCUGGCCUACCUCUGCCAUCGUGCUACCCAUCGCCGCCCGUACAAUGGCAUCCCGUACAGCCCCCACUCGACGCGCCGGCUCUUUGGCGACAUGCCCGAGCUCACGACUGAGGCGCAGCGCCACCGGGACCCGGCCAGGAUGCUGCUCUCCCAGUUCGAGCGGCUCGGGAGCCCCAUCAUCGAGCUGUUCCUGAUGCCCUUCUGGCCGCCGCUGGUCCAGGUCGAAGACACGCUCGAGAUUGAGAACCUGCUGCAGAACCGGCUGCGCGAGUUCGACAAGUCCCCAGCCCACGUCCUCCCCUUCAAGCCCAUCGUUCCCGGGUCCAGCCUCGCCAAGGUCAAGGGCCCGGAGCGGAGGGCCCAGCUGAUUGAGCUCUGGCGGUUCAGGGCCCGCGUCGUCGGCGACAGGCCCGUCUGUUUCCGGGACAACUUCAAGAUCGCCACCUACUACGCCUUCUGGAAGGCCCUGCUGGGCUUGGACGUCAACGCCGUCUUUCUGGCAUCCGGACAUGGACGAGUUCCACCCGGAACGAUGGCUGAGGGCCGACGGGUCUUUCGACGCGAAGGCGCUGCCCAGACUGGUUCAAAUGCGAUCUAUAGCGGGCGCUUUGUGAAUUCCUGGCCAUGGCAGCCGGCAGUGCUGCGUUGA